AUGGAAGGCUCCGCCAAGAUCAACGAGGAGCUGCGGCCUGCAUUGAAGACCCUGGAAGUUCCGCAGAGGCUUCUACUUGGGCCGGGACCGUCUAAUUCUCAUCCGGAAGUUCUGCGUGCCAUGGCCUUGCCAUCUCUGGGCUACCUGGACCCCGCGUUCAUCCAGGUCUUGCAAGACAUUCAAGCUUUGCUGCGGUACGUGUGGCAAACAACAAACGAGACAACCUUCUGCAUUAGCGGAACGGGCUCGGCUGCAAUGGAAGCUUGUGUGGCGAAUAUCGUCGAAAAGAACGACGUGGUCCUCGUUGCGGUUUGUGGAUACUUUGGCAGCCGCUUGGUAGAUAUGGCUGAGCGAUAUGGCGCGGACGUCCGAGUGGUGAACAAGCCCUGGGGACAGGCAUUUUCUCUGGAGGAAAUCCGCGAAGCUCUUGAGAAACACAGACCGCGGGUCUUCGGUAUGGUUCACGUGGAAACCUCCACGGGCGUCGUUCAACCCAUGGAAGGCAUCGGGGCCUUGUGUCGCGAGUACGAUUCCCUGUUGCUCCUUGAUACCGUCACCAGCCUAGGUGGCGUACCGGUCUACAUCGAUGCCUGGGGCGUUGACCUCGCCUACAGCUGUAGCCAGAAAGGACUGAGUGCCUCGCCCGGAGCUUCGCCCAUCACUGUCGGCCCUCGCGCCCUGGAAAAAAUCCGCGCGCGGCGAGCGAAGGUGCCCAACUGGUAUCUCGACCUUUCGCUCUUGGAGAAGUACUGGGGCCCUCAACGUCAGUAUCACCAUACGGCGUCGAUGGUGUGCUACUACGGUUUGCGCGAGGCGCUCCGUGUGAUUGCGGAAGAGGGCGUCUCUGCGAGCUGGAAACGCCAUCAAGAAAACGCGGCGUAUCUGCACUCGAAACUCGAAGAGCUUGGCCUCAGUAUGCAUGUGGAGAAGCCGUGGAGGGCACCUACCCUCACCACCGUCCGCAUUCCAGAUGGCAUCGACGGAAAAGCCCUGGCUGGGAAACUGCUUGCGGAAGAACACAUCGAAAUCGGGAACGGAAUCGGCGACCUCGCAGGAAAGGUCUGGCGCAUUGGCCUGAUGGGUUACAACAGCAAUCGUGAGUCAGUGGACAAGCUGGUCGCCGCUCUUGGCAAGCUUCUUGGCUAG